AUGCGUAACUGUUCGACAGUGCGUCGAGUGCGUGUCUUACGAGGAGUCGAUCUCCCGUAACGAGUUGCCUUCGAUCUUGAAACCUAUCCCACCUAUCGCGUUUCCUAUAAAAGAUGUCACAGAGGGGUCAGGAUGCCAGUGCCACGUGCGAAAACGACAUGUCCACGUCGAAAAGUAGCUCGUUGCUACGAUUGAAUCAGGAGAGUCGGCGUGCAUCCGCCGAUUGGCAGGAUCAGGACACGGAUUCCGAGAUCAGCGAGACCGAUUUCCUGACGAAAGGCGCCUUCCUGUUGACGCCCAGCCACGAGCUCAGCAUCGAAAAAGCUGCCACCAUUUGCGAGAAGAUGAAUUUUCGUGGAAUGUUCUCCCUGACGAAGACGGCUACCGGUAUACUCUUCAAGUUCAGCAACAUCGACGAUUUUCAGGCGGUCUAUAAAAAGGGAUUUCACAAAGUCACGGGGGCACGGUUCUACAAGAAGGUCGCCAUACCUUGCAGACCGGCUAAGACAUUCACCGUCUACGUUCUGGACGUACCCGAAGAAUUACCCGAAGAGGAUAUUAGGCACGCUCUCUACAAGUACCGGUCCAUAGUCGAAGUGACGCGGCUACCUCUCAACACGGCCACCGUCCUGAAAGCGAUCAACGACAAGUUGAAAAGCGAGGCCCACAACCAGNNNGAGCCAGCGACGAUUUAUACGGGGCCACCCGUUAUAAGGGUGACCCUGGCCAGCGUGGAGGAGACCUCGACGUUGCUCAGCCGUGGUCUGGAUUUUUAUGGGGCCACAUAUUUCCCCACCGAAACGCCCCAUCCGGCUGCUCAACCCCUGGCCAAAUACAAAAACAACAGAUGGCUCGAGUUGGCAGCCAUCGGCGCUGGACAAAAAGUCAGGGACCUACUUCCGGUCUUCGACAACGCGGGCUUCAACAAAUUACCACCCCCGGCCAGUCGGAUGAUAAAACCGCAAAAAAACUGACGUUUCCCUCGACUUCUUUCAUCCCUACUUCGAUAUUCCGCAGGAUUUCUGUGUUUGAACACCUCCAGCCUCGAGUUUCAUCACACUUCAGACUGGAGAUCGAUUUCAGGGGA